UCAAGGCCGCUCAAACGUCUCUCCUCCGCUGCCCCGGAGGAGAGGUUUGUUUUUCUUUUAGAAAAACGCAGCCCUUUUUCCUACUGGGCUCAAUUUCUAGUAGGGGAAGCCCCGCCUCCGUGGGCGAUCGAUUGGCCCAAGUCUGUUUAAGAUAAUUUAUGCGGCGUCCUGCCGCUCUGAUUGGCUCCCCGUUUGAUUUCACGGGGAGGUGCGUCCUACCUGGUCCGGAGGUGUAUCGCUUUCCCGCACUCUCCCGUCCGGACUCACCCGGCGGCUGCUGAGGUGGGAGGAAAAGUCCCGGCUUGCAGAAUUGAUCUAGUGCAGCACAAACAGAAAAAGCGACCCCGAUGGGUUCUUGGAAAGCUUUUCUCUUCUCCCCCUUUCUUCUGUGGAAUCAAAGUAGAGGGGUGAGGUUGAUGUUCUUGUUACUGGCCCUGCAUCUGGGAAAUUGUGUCGAUAAAGCAGAUGAUGAAGAGGAUGAGGAUUUAACAGUGAACAAAACGUGGGUUUUGGCUCCAAAAAUACAUGAAAGUGAUAUUACACAAAUUCUCAAUUCACUCCUUCAAGGUUAUGACAAUAAACUUCGUCCCGACAUAGGAGUGAGACCUACUGUAAUUGAAACUGAUGUUUAUGUAAACAGCAUUGGACCAGUGGAUCCCAUAAAUAUGGAAUACACCAUCGAUAUCAUUUUUGCCCAAACCUGGUUUGACAGUCGUUUAAAAUUCAAUAGUACCAUGAAAGUGCUUAUGCUUAACAGCAAUAUGGUAGGAAAAAUUUGGAUUCCUGACACUUUCUUCAGAAACUCAAGAAAAUCUGAUGCUCACUGGAUCACGACUCCUAAUCGUCUGCUUCGGAUUUGGAAUGAUGGACGAGUUCUGUAUACCCUAAGAUUGACAAUUAAUGCAGAAUGUUACCUGCAACUUCAUAAUUUUCCUAUGGAUGAACACUCCUGCCCAUUGGAAUUUUCAAGCUACGGAUACCCUAAAAAUGAAAUUGAGUAUAAGUGGAAAAAGCCCUCUGUAGAAGUGGCUGAUCCUAAAUACUGGAGAUUGUAUCAGUUUGCAUUUGUAGGGUUGCGGAACUCAACUGAAAUCUCCCACACAAUCUCUGGGGAUUAUGUGAUCAUGACAAUUUUUUUUGACCUGAGCAGAAGAAUGGGAUAUUUCACCAUUCAGACCUACAUUCCUUGUAUCCUGACAGUGGUUCUUUCUUGGGUAUCUUUUUGGAUCAAUAAAGAUGCUGUGCCUGCAAGAACAUCACUGGGGAUCACUACAGUUCUGACCAUGACAACGUUGAGCACAAUUGCCAGGAAGUCUCUACCCAAGGUGUCUUACGUGACCGCCAUGGAUCUCUUUGUUUCUGUUUGUUUCAUUUUUGUAUUUGCAGCCUUGAUGGAGUAUGGAACCUUGCAUUAUUUUACCAGCAACAAAAAAGAGAAGAUUGCUAGAGACAGAAAGCUGAAAAAUAAGGCCUCGACAUCCCCUGCUGUCCAUCCUGGAUCCACCCUGAUUCCGAUGAACAGCAUUUCUGUGCCGCAAGGAGAAGAGGAUUAUGGGUAUCAGUGCUUGGAGGGCAAAGAUUGUGCCAGCUUCUUCUGCUGCUUUGAAGAUUGCAGAACAGGAUCAUGGAGGGAAGGAAGGAUACACAUACGCAUUGCCAAAAUUGACUCUUAUUCUAGAAUAUUCUUUCCAACAGCUUUUGCCCUGUUCAAUCUGGUUUACUGGGUUGGCUAUCUUUACCUAUAAUUUCCAAUUCAUAGACAAAAAUCAUUAAGUGUCACUAAAUCCAAUAUAAUCUUUUCUACUUCAGUAACAUGAAGUUUAAAUUUAAAAUGCAAAGAAACCAAUGGUUAGAAUUUGAAUUGUAUUGCAGUUAUUUUCAGACCUUCAUAGGUAAAUACAGUAACAAUUUACAUGAAAGCGAUUAGUGCAAAAUGAAGCAUAUUAAAAUAUGAUUAUAUAUUUUUACUUUAAUUUUCUUUAACUUACAUCCUAUUAUAUUUUGAGUUUGUAUUUUCCAUAAUCCAUGUUUUUUAACAUCAGUUUUUUAAAUCCAUAUUUUAAAGAUGGGAUAAUUUUAAUACAUAUUGUAUUUAAAUAUAAUCUAUAUUACUCGUAAUGUGAGACUACUAUCUAAUAUUUAUGUAGUAAUUUUUUUUCACUUACAAAAGGUUGUCAAUUUAAUUUUCUUCUUGCUUUUUAUUUGUAUGUCCUGUUAGGAAUAUAGUUAUUUAAAAUCAUAAAGCCAUGAUAUUCUUGGAUUUAUUUCCAAGUUUUACUCCCAAGAAGAAAUUGAUUUAUGUUUAAAUUAUCAAUUAUAAAAGACUUAUGCAAAGGCUGAUUUUAACUGUCUUGAACCCAGUACAUUUUCUGACACAAUAUUAAAUAGAACUCCAGUUACAUAUACUUUGGUGAUUUGCAAACUUGAUGGAAACCACCAAAGUCAUUUUUUUUUUAAAGUUGGGUGAAAUCAGGAAAACUGUUAAAUUUAACCAUUUUAUUCUCUGCCCUAGAGCAUUUACAAAGUAUGAAGAGGUUAACAUUGAAAUGUCAAAUAUACCAAACAAAUUAAAUGCAGAGAUAAAUUAUGACUUUUUUUCUUUCUAUAAGAUUGUGACAGCUCUUAAGUUAACAAAACAUUAAGGCAUUGAAGAACACUGGUUAUACUUACUAAUAUGGUUAAAGAAUUAACCAUUAACUUUUCAACCUGAAAAGUUGAGCUGCAGGUCAUAUUUAGAAUAUUAUCUUCAGUCUGUAUUAUUAUCAAUUUUAUACCAGUAAUUUUUGAGGAACAGUUUUAAUCCUAAAGGUGUCAGGUAUUACCUUUUCCAACUUCAAAGUUCAAGACCUAGUCAGUUUAUGUCCUUUUUCUAUUUAAUCUUUUUUUUUUUUUUUUUGCAGUUUAUACCAGGACCGGGCUUGACCCCACCACCCCCGGUAUAUGGGGCCGGCACCCUACUCUUGAACCACGGGCGCUGCCCUACUUAAUCAUAUAUAUAUAUAUUUUUUUUUUCCCUUUGUCGCCCUUGAUAGAGUGCUGUGGCAUCAUAGCUCACAGCAACCUCCAACUCUUGGGCUUAAGCGAUUCUCUUGCCUCAGUCUCCCAAGUAGCUGGGACUACAGGCGCUUAAUCAUAUUUUUAAAAAUGAGGUUUCACUCUGUCACCUGGGCUAGAUCACAAUGGCACAAUCAGAGCUCAAUGCAGCCUCAAACUCCUGGGUUUAAACAAAACCAGGCAAAUUUUCUUUUUUGUUUUCAUUUUAAGAGAUGGAGCCUCACGCUGUCACUGAGCCGGGAAUGCAGUGGUGCAAUUAUAGCUCACUGUAACCUUGAACUCCUGGCCUCAAGGGACCCUCCCAUUUCAGACUCCUGAGUAGCUGAGAUGACAGCCAGGAGCCACUGUGCUCAGCCCUGUGAGUUUUACAAGUAUAAUAUAAAUUGUUAUAAUAUUAUUUUUUCUAGAAAAUCGGAGCAGCCUCAAAAAUCAUGUUAAAGGUGGCUUUUUUGUUUUUUUAGAGGCAUCUUUAGCGAACAUGAGAAUGGGAGCUCUCUAAAUUCUUAGAGGCAGGAAUAGAUAAAAUUCCUUGUGAAGUCUCAGUGUAGACAAAGCCUGUCAGCUAAUGGUUUUUAAAAUGUCCCUCUUGUUAAGAGGAGCGUUAACUGUAGCCUUUAGUCAUUCAAAUCCUGAAAGUGGUUUGACGUGUCAAUUGUUUAUAGGAACUCAAUAGUCACAACCUAAUUUUUUGGAUAAUCACCACAGUCAGCUUGGCAACAACCUUUAAAAACUGUUUCCAUUGCCACGAGCAACUGUCAGGAUGAAGAAUUUUAUGACCACAGUCUGUCUUCAGGUUUGAGAAGGAAGCUCUCACCUGGGCACUGGAUAUUCUAGUUUUAAUGGGACAAUUUUCCCCUAAGAUUAGUGGAUACCUGUGAGGCUCCAGCAUGAUUAUACUUCUGAUUUCUGACUAUAUGGGGCUUUUCAUUUUAAUUUAAAUACAGUUUACUAUGUGUUCCCAGCUAAAUUUUUCACUUUGUCUAUAAGUCUUUGAAAAAAUAAACAUGGACUGAAUAAUAAUGCCCAACAUCCACCGACACUGCUUUUAAUUGAAUGCAGAGCCAAAGUAAACAUUGGCCAUGUACAUAUUCACAUUCAGGCGAUUCGUAGUACAUUCAGUUUUAUAAUAUUGAGUCAUGAUCGAUAUUCUUAUGGUAACCAUUCAUUUAGAGAAAAAUAAAAGGUAAAGCACUCAAGAAGAAAAGACCACUAAAAUGUGGAAUGGCGCUUUUCCUGUUUUGAGCUGUAUCCUGCUCGUUUUCAUGGGGCAGUUUUGAUUUGGGGAUUCUUUCAAGUGUAACUGAGCAUGACUUAAAAAACAAAAAACGACUUAAAAAUGCUUGAUAUAAAUAGCCUUGAUUUUAUCAUUCGUGUUUCAUUAACUUGGCUUUAAAUGCUGUCAAUAUUUACAGGUGGAAACAAACUUGACACAAACAUGAAAGAUGUUUUUCUAUCGACAUUCCUUGUAUAUACCAUUAAAACAAGCACUUGGUUUUCAAAGCAAGUGGUAUUUUGAACAGUUUUAUUUAAAUAUGCAGAACAGAGAGGUGUGAAAAUCUUAACAGUUUUUAAAACACAAAAUGAAAAGGUAAAAAUGCACUUAGAUUCCUUUUUUAAAAAAUCAAAUCAAGCUUAUUUCAAGUAGGAUGUAGUGCAAUGCCUUUCCCUCUACUCUUCCAAAUACUAGUUUUACCAUCUUGAGGAUGGUUUUAGAAUCUUUCUCUUUCCUCAGGUGAAUUAUACCUUAAUUUAUGAGAUUCACUGGGACUUGAAUUUCCUGGAUGCUUUAAAUGUUUUUACAUAACAGACCAAAAAAAUGUGGAUCUAAAGGAUGUAGGGAUGACUAGAGCAGAUGGAUUUGAGAUCAGUUGGAAAAAUGGUAAUUCACCUGUAGACUCAUUCUCUGAGUAUGUGACCAGGAUCUAGAAGUUCUAGGGGAAGUGUGAUGGACAUAUUUUUAUUCUCAUAGAUUUAUGGUUAUAUUUGGUUUAUCCUCAAAUUGCAUUGUCAAAAUUAGCGCUCACUUGAAAUUAAUUGCUAUCAUGCAAAAUAGUUUCCAAGAAAAAAGUGCAUAAAUUACCUGAGAAUUCAGUAGGGAAAGGAAAAAAUUCUUUGGUAGAUGUAGCUAAAUGUAAAGUUUGAUGUAAGUGAGAAUUAGACAAUUGGUUGGAUAUAUUUUAAGUUAAAGACAGAUUUCAUUAAAGACCUUAAAAUGUUAUCAACUUCAAAUCAAAGCAUAGUAAAUGUGUGUAAAUAUACAGGCAAUUGUAAGGGUUUUUUUCCUCCCAUUUGUGCUCCUGUAUUCUGGCAUUAAUAUAGCAUCAUAAAAUAAACUAUAUAUUUUUCUUAAGAAUAAGAAUAACAUUGAGGGCUUCCUUGUUGCCAGUGGUUCAGCAGACAAUCACACAGCUCAUACUGGUAAAUAUAAACUGUUUUCCAGGUCAAGAUGUUGUAACAAAAUGCAUCCUAUUCUUUGCACAAAAGACAAGUUUCAGAUAAGAUUUGUUAGGGUAAAAUUUAAAUCAAUAACCAGAAAUUGAAUAAACAUAAUAAAUGAAUAAAUACACAGAUAGAAUAAUCAAAGUUCUAUGCCAGUGUGUAUUUUUAACCUUGUAAAAUUUCUUGUGACAAGACACCGUACCCAAAAUUAUUUCAUUGGUCUGAACACCUGGGAUGAAGUGACACAACAGAUACUUAAUGAUUUAGCUUUUGUCUUACUACAAACAUUUUGAAGAUAAUUUCUAACCAAGCUAUUUUUUCUUUACAUCAUCAAAUUCGUUGCUUGUCAUGAUCAUACCGUAUGCGGCCACACACACUUGCUAUUAUAUUUCUGUUGGUCGUUCUUUGUUACUUUUUAUUGCUAAAGAGGCCAAGGGUGACCUCUGUUCAGUUAUUAAAGCCAUUACCAAAUUUCCAUCAAAGAUAUGCCAAAUGCAGUUUCCAAACACCAUGGGCCACAUUCGUGCUGUAGGGUAGGUUCUGCCUUUCUGUGUGUGCAUUUCGGACACAAGGUAACCUAAUUCAGAUAUUUAUGCAGCAAUUUCUAUGUAAAAUGGACUGUUCUAGAUAUAAUAGGGAAUGUCUAGAUUAACUCUUAAAGAAUGUAUACUUUAGUGAGACAACAGGAGUAAUUAUAAAAUUUAAAAGAAACUCUGGAAAGUUUUCAUGGAGGAUAUGUUUUUAAGGAUGACAGCUUUAGGAUUCAACAGGUGAAAUAAACAGAGAUCACAAUUUCCAGUUGGAUAAACAGUGUUAACACUUUAAUAAACAGAAGUUAGGGCAAAAAGUAAAAUUCCACCUUCGUUGGAGGGGAAGAUUCUUAGAGAGACAAUCAAAGUUAGAAAGAUAAGACCAAGAGGCAGGAAUAAAAAGUGUGGGAUGCUAAGUGAUAAUAUAAAUUCAUUAAGCAUUUACAGAAAUACUGGAUUGCAAAAGAGCCACUAAUAAAACCGUAGAAGUUUUGUCUUAGUGCUGUGUGAUGUUUGAAGCAAGAAAAGCCAGCUAGGAAGCUACUAUAACAUAGGAGGUGAGAGGGAGUGCAGAUACACACUCUAAUUACAGAAGUCUUUAUAGAGAGGGGGAAAGAUAGCCCUGAAUAAGAAAAGUAAACUGGCAGACAUUAGCUUCAAUUAUGAAGCAAUGUAACUGAGACACACGGUGGGUCAAGCAAAAGGAAUAACACAUGUUUGUGUGUGAACAGACACGAAAACACUAUUUCUCAAUGUAUGACAAGCUUCUUUGCUGUUGUAUUUUCAUCCAAUGCUUAUUUCUUUUCUAUUUGUUUAUUGUUUUUUUCCUACAUAAGAGAUAAAGAAAAAUAAUCUCUGAAGUGUAAAGCAUAAGGUAAUCCAGAUUAUUAUUAUUUUCAAAAGAUCUGUUCCUUAUUAAAAGGGCUUUCUCUUCAAGCAGAGCCUUUUUGCUUUCUAACUGAAAAUGAAAAUCAGAAAGAGACGAGAAGCGUGACUAGAAACAGCGGACUGCUUCCAUCCACAGCUGCCUGUUCCUAGCCAACUCUUCAUCAGCUGGGUUUCUAACUGUGAAUAAAAAUACUCCACUAUGGGAUCAAACAAAUCUGGAAAAUUGAUUUCUGAUCCUCAAACAAUUUUUGGACUAUUUGUCUCAUAAUAAAUAGUAUUCUUAUCAUGGGAUAAUGAAAUGUACCUGGCUCCUUUGAAUCUGUAACUAGCAAAGACUGUGAUAACUGAAAGGCAGGGAAGCAAAAGCGCUAACCAAUGGACUUCUAAGACAUGAUUUACCCGGAUGGAAAUACUUGGGGUCUUGACAAUGCCCUGUAAUUACUGUGAUUUGCACCCAUUAAGUCUGUGCGCUUACUCCGUAUAAUAAAUUUCUCUGGCAUGUGAGUGUAACGGCGUCUGUUCUCUCUCAGCCUCACCACGUGGAGAAGCCUUUGCGGCUUCUAAAGCUAAAGCUUCUCAGUCUUUCAAAGCAUUCUGUACUUUCAUGACCUACGUACAAA